AAGACUCUUCGAUAAAUACUACAUUUUUUGUGCAUGCUGUUAAUCUCAUCAAUAAGAAAAAUGGUGCCAAAGACGUUUCAACGGGAGAGGGUGACUUGCUUGCUUCAAAAUGCUAUCUUCCUAACAAUGAAACUGAAACAUCACCUUGUUUUGGGAAAGAAAAUCUAAAUUCUACAUUUAUUAAUCACGAAAAUGGCGGUCAAAACACAAGACUUAGAUCAGAUUCAAAAUCAUCCAUUUCUUCUUUGGAAAGUACUUCAUCACUUAAAUCCUAUAAAAGACGUAGUCGUUUAGACGAUUUGAAAACACCAAGAAAACUCCCUUGUCCUACAGAAAUUUCUCGAUCAAAAUUAGUGAAAUUAUCGGCAGAGAAACAGACAAAAUUACUGAAAACAGAUGCAGCAGCAAGCAACAGACAAAUGCACGAUUAUACUCCUACAACAAAAUCGUUAUCAAAUGAUGCACAGAGUGCGAAGAGAAAUAGGACCAAAUCGUCGAGUAUUGUCGCGCCAAGAUUAAGCUUAGUGUCACCCUCUGUGAGUAGUUCUAAUGUGAAAGCUAAAUCGAAAAGUGCUUCCUCCGAUAUUGAUGAUAUUAAAACUCGUUUGAAUCAUUCUAAAAUUGUCACACCGCAUUCAUCUAAGUUGUCAGCACCUCCAACUAGUCGUUUCAUCAGUACACCAUUGAACAAAAGAGCCAAUGCAUCGGAAAUGAAAUCUAAACUAGGUAGCGCUCGAUCUGGUAGUCGAACAACUGUGACGUCAAAUAGUGACGUAGUAAAAAAGGAAACGCAAAGUAAGCAAUCUACUGGUAGCUUAUUGGUUAAAAGAAAAAACGCUGAAAAUAGGAAUGAAACUGUUAACAUUAGCAGAUCAAGAUAUUUAUCCUCUUCGAAUUCAUGCAACGAUCAGCUUUCUUCGAAAAAGAGAACACAAUCUCAUUCAUCUACUGUGUCUGAGAAAAAAACUGUUACACCACGUUCAAGAAAUCUCACAAAAUCAUGUACUGAUAUCAAAGGAAAGAAUGAUAUUAGAUCUUUAAAACUGCGUAGCAAUUCAACAUCGAAAUCCGAGACCAGCAGUUUGAAAAGUUCUUCAAAAUCGUCAUUGGUUGAUGGUGUUAAUGAAAAUCUACCAGAAAAUAACAAGUUAGUAGAGAAUAAUUAUCUAAGGAAUAAACCUUGUCAGCCUCUAACACAAAAAGACAGACAAAAUUCAAAUGGAUCUGAGAGGAAAUUUACCUCAAAAGCAGAAAAAUCUGAUACCGCGAAAGAAUUGCCAACUAGCUGUUUAAAUUCCCUCACUGCUCCAGACUUACUUAAACAAACACCUGAAGUAACAAGGAAGUCAGUUGGUAUCCAAGUGGAAAAUCAUGAACAAGAUGGAAAAUCUGAUGUCACAGACAUCGAUUUACACGCUCUCUUAGUGAACAGAAAUCGAGAUUUUGAAGCAUGUCUUACUGCUUUGCAAGUUUAUGCAAAAAAGGUGGAGUAUGAACGGAAUAAUGCGUCAUUUUUAGAGCGGAAUUUGAAGUUUACUAAAGAAAAAUGUCAUUCCACGGAAACUAUGUUAGCUAAAGAAAACAGUCAACGUGUUCGCCUUGAAGAGGAAAUGCUUAGUGCUAAAAGUGACAGUGCCGUUGAAGUUGCGUUGUUAAGAGCACAGUUUGAAAGAAAACAAGAAAUUGCUAUCGGAAAGCUAAAGGAAAUCCAUCGGAAAGAGCUUGAAAAAGUUCGAAAGCAGCAUGUAAAGUCGAUGGAUGAUAGAAGACGAGUUUUUGAUUUGAAGUUAAAACGAAUAGAGGAAACAUAUGUGGAAGACAUAUCUCAAAUUAAUGCAAAACACAAAGGAGAAGUUGCUGAGCUGGAAUUAAAACACACGAAGCAAUGUGAAGAUUUGGUCGAAGAGCGUCACGCUGAAAUUGAUAUAAUCAAAGCUGAUUAUGAAGAGCAGCUUGAACAAUUGCAGGAAUCAUUAUCACAAUCUGAGAAAGCUUGCAAUGAGUUAAGGGAAGAAAUAAAAGCGAAUCAAUUAGAGGCAAAAAAAGAUUCUAUUUCAAAAAUACAGGAUGCAGUCGCUAAAUAUAAGAGUCUACCAGAUGAACUAGACAGUAUGAAGUUUGCAUUGGAACUAAAAAAUGCCGAAAUAAAAAAAUUGCGAAAAUCAAACGCUGAACUUCAACAUGAGAUUGACGAACUUCGUCAAAUCAAAGAACGUGCUGCCUUGUUAGAAAGAGAGAAAGAAUCUUUGAAUUUUGUUGUUGAGAAUAAGUCUUAUUUUGAAAGACAAUUAUCUUUGGAACGAGAUAAGCUUCGUUUAUCUCUUGAUCGUGAAGUUGCCACAUCCAAGAGACUCUCGUUGGAGAAAGAAGAACUUGCAUGGCGUUUAAAUUCAUUUAGAGAUUCACCAACAUCGCCGACUUUGGGAAAUGAUCGUUUACGGAUGUCAGUGGUCAGUACUCCUGAUAGCGGUAUUCUUUCGCACAAGAUUGAAGAGUCUGACUUGGAAUAUGAAAUUAAUGAAUCAAAGCAAAGCCAGCAAAUAAUGAACGGGUGAUCUUCUUAAACUGUAUUUGGAUGAGCAUUGUGUUUGUUAUUGCAUGAUACUUGGUAAUAGCGAUUAAUUUACAUAAAACGCGAAAGAAGUUUAUCAAAGAAAAAUUUGGUUUAUGUCGAGAAUUUCUUAUUGGAAAUGUAAUAAAAUAACAUGAAUGGCAUGCAUUUAAUAAAAAGUGUUAUGGUAUCUGUAUAUAUUCAUGUUGAAGUAAUAUAUAUGAUAAAAUAUGAAACUGCCAUAGACAUUAGAUUAAAUAUGUUUACUUACAACAAUUACAUCAUACAAAAUAUUAUAUACUAGUAUUAAAGCAUGAUUUAUAGUUAUGGAUCGUAAUAAGUUGGAUUUAUAGAUACUUUUUUCAAUACUGGUCAUUAAAAUUUUGUUUUUGUCUAUGACAAAUAUAUAUAA